AUGGCUGUGCGUGCUCUCGCUGCACCAGUUCUGUCUCCGCGCUCUAAAGUUCAGCUGCCCACCGGCCCUUCGUCCUCCGCGACCCCCCUGCUCGACAUGGAGAAUGCCGAAAAGCAAAAGUGGGCGAAGCGGCUGAAGGCAAUCGUCGAUCGAGCAGGCGACCAUGCCGGCCACAAUCGCGAGCCCGAUGCUGGUGGGAUCCUAUCAGCUGAAGAGCGUGAUCGCCUACGGCUUCUGGUGUUCACCUCUGGGGCGCCCGCCACAAUGGCGAACCAUAUUCGUCGCUUUGAAAAAUUCGAACUUUGGGCUCAAACGAUGCAGCUCGCCUUCUACCCGAUCACGGACGAUCUUAUCCUGAAGUACGCCAUGGAGCUCGACACCAGAGAAUGCGGCCCAACAGUGGUGCCGUCUUUGAGGACAGCUCUUAAAUUAAAAGCUCUCGAGAAGAAGAUCUUCACCGAAAGAGGGAAACCUUUGAAAGAAGCGAUCGCCUUCCCGAUCGAGCUGGUUCAGGCGAUGGAGCAGUUCGUGGUUAACCCUGCGCAUGCCGCACCAGCUCGGGUCUUCCUCUGGUGGGUACUUUGCAUGAUCUUUGCGUCGCUCCGCUUUGACGAUGCAAUCCACGUAAAGCCCCACGAGAUUGAGGUCUUGCCAGAGGGUCUUUUUGGCAUCUCCUGGCAGACCAAGACGGAGAGAAAGCGGCGCGGUACCAAGUUCAUGGUUCCGGACAUCGCCUUCUCUAAGGCCGCCUGGUUCAAGGUAGGCCUUGACCUGUUCAACCUUCAGUUUCCGCUCGUGGAACGUGACUUUUGGGUGCCCGAGCUCGACACGAAAGAGCAAUGGCGCGCCACUCCACCAGACUACGCGCGAUCUUUGCAGUGGCUCCACCACUUGGUCUGG